GGCGGCGCUGGAUCUUGAACCGUCACGCGUGGCCAUGGCCUUUUCAGAGUGGGACGCGCCGUGGAGCGAAGGCGACGAUGACGACGAUGACCGCCUGUCCUGGAAGAGUCUCUGCGUAAGCGAGUAUAAGCCCGUCCGGCGCUAUGACCCGUUUGCUGCGGCAGCCGAAGCGGUCCGGCAGGCCGAAGCCGCGCGCCGCGUGCGGCCACCGAGCGCACGGGCACCGCUCGAGGCAGAACUGUCUUGCAGCUCGCAGUGGGUCUACCCAGAACGCUCGCCUUCAAUCGAGUCGAGUGCGCCAUCGUUGCUGCCUCGUCCUCGCUCGACCAUGGCGCCGCCGCCGCCGACGGUUCUUCGCGAGCGUGAAGAGUCGAGCUUUGACCGCGCAGUGCUGGAGAAAGAGCUUACUGCCUGGAAGACAAAAGCGCUGGCACUCGAGUCCCAAGUCGAGACGCUACUGCGCCAAGGCGAAGAUGCUCGGCAAACUACUGCGCGGGACAUGGCGUCGCUGGAGGAGAAGGUCAUCCACAUCGAGGCGGCGCUAGUGACCAAGGUAGCCGAGCUGCAGUCGGUCAAGACGGACGCGGCCAGUGACAAGAAGCGCGUGACGAUGCUCGAGGCCCAGCUCUUAACACUGCGACAGACGCUAAACGACACGGAGCGCAGGGUCAGCAAUGACGCUGACGCACUGACAGCCAAAACCACGGAGCUGGCGACGGCACGAACCAAGCUCGAAAGCGUCCAGUUUGCACUCGACGAGUGCAAGGCGACGUUGGCGACCACAUCGACCGAGCUCGAGCGCGUCCGAAAAGACUACACCAAAGUGGUCUACGAGCUCACGCAGCUGCAGCGAAGCCAGAGCCAAAACACCGAGACGUGGCGCACGACCAACCAGAUCGCGUUGCUGACGCAAGAGCGAGAUGAUCUGCUUCAGCAGCUGCGCCAGACAUCUGCCAUGCAUGCUCGGCACCAGGCCGACGUUGCGGCCAGAGAUACCCACCAUUCGCAGCAGCUCGAACGACUCCAAGCGCAGCAACGCAACUUCGACCGGCGUGACGAUAUAGGUCCGCCACCUUCGAGUCGGGAACCAACCUAUGUCGAGUCGACGCUCUUCCCGAACGCAAUUCGCAUACCCGACUUGAACGGACACGGAUUUCCAGAGACAGAGCGGCGCCCAAGUGCUAUUGUCGAGUCCUACAACCAGUUACUGGCCGAGGCGCGCCCGACGACGUCACCGACAAAAGAGCGCGCGACGCGACGCAGCGGCCCCGUGUCGCUAGCGGACCUUGGCUACGGUGAUACCCGGCGUUCGAUGCCAACGACAGCAGCCUCUAUGAGCAAAGUCGAGCUGAAUGGCUCGAGCAACAUUCGCAACUUGCUCCAUUAUCAAAGCAGUGCGGAGGAGAGUGGGGACAUGCGCCACCGCAGCGUGAUCGAUAUGGAGCUCAGUGCACCCUACGCGACCGAGAAGCAGUCGCUCCAGAACGACGUCAUGUACAAGCGGCAACUGGAGCGAAAGCUCCUCGAUCUCAACCUUGAAAAAGAGCAGCUCCAGGCCGAGUACGCCAAGCUCGAACAGUCCGCCUCGAGAACGAUCGACGCGCGCAGACGCAAGUCCAACAUCGAGUCGAGUCUUUUUGGACUGGAUAAAGCCAUCAACCAGCUGCGCAUGCAACUACGCUAAGAAAAUCAUCGUCUUAUUUGCAGUAAUCGCUCUGUAUACAGAGCGCCAGGCAGGUGACG